AAUAUUUUUAGCGACCGGAUCUGUCGUUUUCUUCAACAACUCUGAGACACCUUACCUGGCCCCAUCGUGAAGGACAGAGAAACUUGUUCCGGUACAUGUCGUGAUGGCACGAAAUCACCUUCAUUGCGAUGCAAAAGCUUGUGGGAACUUUUCAUGGAAGGCAAAGAGAUGAUAAGAGCAAGAGCAGAAGAAACUGAAGUCGAAGAUGGGGAAGCAUUGAAAGUAUGGGACUGCGGGAGCCCCUUGUACGAUGCCUUCGAAUUGGUGUCACUCACUCAGGUCAUAGAGAGACAUCUCAUGACUUUCCCUUGCAGCCGGAAAUCGAAUUGGCAAGACAACCCUGCUCGUGUUGCGCCGGCGUCUUGUGCUGAGGAUGCGAACGAGUUGUGUAAAGUUCCGUCCUGGCGAGAAAUUGUGAGGAAGAGGAUGUGGAAGAGGCUCAGAACGAGCGGUCAUGGCAAGGAAGACCCGAAGGAGCUGAAAGUUGGUCCUAAUCAUGGCUUCUCUUAUAGGAUAAUGUGGGCGAAGAUCGUUCGACAUAAGCGAACCGAAACAGGUUACUUGCAUAGUUGAUUGCGAAUUUUCCUCUUCUGUUCCCUCAGCAGUUUAUCUUCUUGCCAAUCUUCAUGAUUGUCACAUAAAGAAGUCGACAGCGUCUCCCUCUCUCUUUCAAAUCUCUGUUCCUUCCUAGCUUGCAACAUGUUCUCUUGUGUGUCGCGCUCAUUCCAUCCAUCUUGUUGACAAUGGAAGACUCUUUCUGUGUAUUUUCUGAAGGUACGCAAUAGACAUAGAUUACCGCCAUUGCCGACUCUCUGCAUAAUCUUCCGAUCCACUUGAACUAUUCAGAACAGAUACCGGCUUUGGUCAUUCAGGUUUUGCAUAGAGUAUGAUAAGAAGAACGACCCUUUUGCAUCAUAUCAUCGACGGAUAAUGUGAUCUGGAGUUGUUUAACAAUGUCUUUCGAGCCUUCAACGGAUGCCGAGUGUGCUGAUGCUAAGGCUAUGCUGAAUC